UGUGCACAUAUAGAAAAAAAAAGAUUCCCUAAAGAACAUUAACGAACCUAAUAACGAUGGCCUCCUAGCGCUGACCUCCAACCUACUAGCGGCCUAUGGAACAUGUUAGAUGGAUCAGACAUGAUCACACCAUUUGAUGUCUCCAGAUGACACACUUCACUUUUUGCGGCAGGAGAACUGAGAAUCUCACUCGAUUUCUUGCGCAGACAUGAGGCAAAGAGGUCCUAGUCCCCAAAGGUAUCUUUUUGGUUGGUAAGGUCUCAUGGACCAGCCGAUUUCGGUGGUUUGGGUUGAAGUUUCUGUACUAUUGGAAGCACUGAAUCCCCUAAAAUGCGUCAGUAUACUACCUAAUGACCUAAUAUAUAUAUAUAUAUAUGAUGCCUCAGGUUAUAAGUCCCCAACGAAGUUUUUCUUUUGUUUGCGACUGGAUGGCCCUGGGCAUGUUUUGGAUUCUUUUGGACGCAUCCAUAAGGAGAUUGGUCAUUGAACAUGGCCAAUGAUCCUUUCCCCCUUCUUCAUCCCUCUUUGUUUUUGUUUUAAUCAUGGUCUGAAGGGCGUCAUUUCGGGCUGGGAUGAUCCCAAACCAAAAAAGGCGAAACGUCACCUGAUCUCGUCACGUUUCACUGCGUGCCAGGGGUGAUCCGCCAAUUGAAUGCAACUUGAGAACUGGAGCCGACCCUACAUCGAGCUUGCUCCAGAAAAGGGGGGAAGUGGCGCGCGGACUCCCUGUGGACCCCUUCGCAGGGCGGGGUUUGUGGGAGUCUUCUUUGGUGAGCAGAGGCGGCAAGUCUGAUUGAAUCUUGAUGAAUGCUCAAUGGUCACGAAAAGUUGGAGUCGUUCUUGCUUCGCAGUGGCUAGCCGGGCUAGCUUUCGUUCACCCCCCCUGGCCUCAAGUGAAUCGACCAAGCAGCAUGUCCAGUGUGGUCUCCUCCAAACUGAAACAACUUGUUGGCGGGGCGAAACUCAAUGCGUCCAAUGUCAACACCAUGGUUUUGCAGGUAGGCGAGGACCAUGAGCAUAGUUUGGCGUCCCAUCACAACACUACUUGCUCCAGUGUCCAAGAUUCCAAAAACACCUUUGCCCUGCGAGGUGACGUCUACAUGUGUAUCCAUUGACAGGCAAGGCCAUCAUGGCAGCUUCACUUUUCUGUCGCUUGGGCGAUGAGGUUGUUGAGGAACUCUUCGGAGAUGAUGUAUUCAUAGGACAUUGUGCAGCCCAAUGUCCAGCUUGUCCGCACUUCAAACAAGUCAAAUUGUAUCCAGCACUUUGUGUACGUGUGGUCAAAUUCCUGGAUGGACUCUCGCUCUUGCUUUUGUUCUUUCCUUUGCUCUUGCUUUUGCCCCUUUUGAAGAAGGUGGAAAAGGAGUCGAAGGCGCUGUUGAGCUUGAUGCCAUUGGAGAUGAAGUUGGUGGAACUGCAUAUACUGGCCAAAAACCACGAGAAGCCUUCAGGUCGGAGAACCGCUUGCGGGCAUCCAGAUAGGUUGCAUAGGCAGUCUCAACUUCUUCAUCCCACUCUUCUUCCAGGAAAGCGUGUUCGUCUUCAUCGGGUUGUUCCUGAUAGAAACCGGUCUCAGUCUGCUCAUCUUCCUCACAAAAUUACUCAAGCUCAGGAUUCUCCUCCUCCAAGGUGUAGGCCUCAUAGUCGAGCUCCUCAUCAUCAUAUGGAUAUUCUUCUGUCGUGUAAGCUCGGCCAACAUUGCGGCUCUUCCAAGAGGAACUUGAGUUGCGACCAGUCCAGCGAGUGGAGGAUGAAGUCUUGAAAUCUUGUCCAAACAAGAAAUGCAAUGCACCCUCCACCUUGGCGAUCUCGGUAUCGCUUCCAACUCGUGACAUCGCAAGGUGUCGUUGUUCCAGGAUCAAUCCAGCUCUUCUCAGGAGAAGCCAGCCGCUGAUGGCAUCUGGCACUUUGAUGCCGUGGCGUUCGAUUUCACGUUUUCGUUCUUUGUGCUCAGCCACAUAUGUCAAAAGCGUCUGCUCAGGGCGUCGGCCCAUGGUGAAGAAAAUUAAAAGCAACUCCAUGCUUCUGGAUGCUUCGACCCUCGAGUCAUACUUGAAGCACUUGUCGAGCUCGACUUGACGCCAAGAAACUCCAGUCAAACUUGUCAGGAGGUUUAUCGUGGCCUCCUUGGCUUUGUUCUGGAUGCUCAUUUUCUUUCCGGGCAGCAAAAUUCGUGCACGCCAUUCUUUGUAAUUGCGGAUGUUGUUGUCAAACAGAGGGAUGAACUUAUCCCUUGUCACUUCAAGGCCUCCUUGAGUUGAAGAGGCUUGAGAUCCAGCCAUCGAAUCAAAACAAAGGCGAAGAAGCUCAGGUUGAGGUGCCCUGGAUGAUUUCUAUCGCGUGCAGCUACUGGAGCCCGGCAGCGAACCGGGCUCCGCUACCAAUGUUGAGAUCAACAAUUGGCAGCUCAGGGUGUCUGUUGUGUUGUACACACAUACCAUGUUCUCACCAUGGUGGCUCAAGAUUUCUUCUCGAAAUCACAUCGGUGGAAAGUAAAUAAGAAUGUCUCACCACCAGAGUGUUGUGCGGGAUUGUCCCACAAGAGUGUCCCACGAGAGUGUUCGACAAGAGUCCUCCACGAAAAAGGUGUCCCAGAUCGGUUUCGGUGGAAAAACUGUGUUUACGUGAGUCCGCGCUGUUUUCAUUUGCUGUCCCAUGUCAUGUUUGAUAUCAAUCCGCUCCUUUCACUUAUAUCUAACAUUCACGUUCCUGGGGUCUAUCAGGCAAUUUUCGUUGUCGUUGAAGAUCUGGACAAUGAUCCUUCAGAUGGGAGCCGAACUCCAAUUGUUUCCCGUCCGACAUAUCGAGCAGAUGCACACGAAGUGGACCUAUUUGCACAAAGCGAACGCAAGACACAAGGCCCGCUACCACUUCCCCAAAGUGGCAGCGCUAGAAUGCUUGUGUGCUGGACCUGUGAACGAAUACACCAGGUUUGCCAAUACCGCAUACCGCGUGCAAACUCGCUUUUCUGCUGCAAUUCCCUCCUUCCUCCCUUCCAUGUGCUGUGAGCGCUUCCCGCUUGCCGAAGCAAACCAAAUGAGUCCACUGUUGUCAGGUGCUUGGAAUGGCCGCUUGCCCGGAUGGGCAGCAAUUGCUCACGCAACUAAAUUCCUUUUGUUUGGACGACUGCUAUGCUACAUGACUUCUUGCGCUGCUUGCAGCUCCGCAGCGCGCGAUGCCCGAGGAGAGUUUGGUCUUUCAAGCAGAUCGCUUGAAGUGCUUUGCUGCGUCGGCCCCGGGUGAGGUGGUUGGCAGUGUUGGGUCCAGGGCUUGGGUUCGAAGCCAGGAUGCUUUGCUUUGCUGCAACUUCCGCGUGGCGUUGCAACAAGGAGAGAUUCUUGCCUCGCGUGGUGCUGCAGGAACGUCUAGCAUACCAUUGGAUUUUGAUGGGGAUGCCUGGUUGCCCGGGAAACGUGUGGCAGAGGAGCCUUUUGUCAAAGGAAAACGACAAGCGCAGUUGCCCAAACCACACCGCAAGGUGCCGAUCUUCCGGCACGACUUUGAGCCUGGUUUCGUUGAGUCUUUCACCUCCAAGUGCCGCGAAAUCCUUUGCAGCGGACGGCCGCUGAGCGAGAACUACUAUGUGAGGCAGUUCGAGGAAAGUUUUGCACAGCUUAGCCACGUUCCUUUUGCUUUGGCUACCACGUCUGGCACGCAAGCUUUGGCCAUUGCGCUGCGAGCCCUGGACGUUGCCGGCAAGGCGGUUGUCAUCCCAAGCAACACUUUCUUCGCGACGCAAGUGGCAGCGCUGAAUGCUGGGGCCAACCUUGAGUGGGUGGACAUUGAGAAAGAGUACAUGCAGGUCUGCCCGCGCAGUUUGGAGGCGGUUUUGCACCGGCAUCAACACGGAAGGGUUGGUGCUGUGAUUUUAGUGCACAUCGCUGGAAUCAUUUCCCCCAACUUUGCCCAGAUCCGACGACUCUGCCAGACCUAUGGGGCCCCGUUAGUCGAGGACGCGGCCCACGCUCAUUUGGCGUACGGCAGCGAGCAUGCAGGCGCCAUUGGUGAAGUGGCCGCCUUCUCCUUUUUUCCGACCAAGGUGAUGACUGCCGGCGAGGCAGGAAUGAUCACCACAUCCAACGAGGCGCUCUUCAAGAAGAUGCAGAGCAUCAAAGAGUUUGGCAAGGACAUCGAAGGCCCCAGAUCCAGACUGGUGCAAGUGCUCGCCAACGCCACGAAUGGCCGCAUUUCAGAGUUCACAGGUUUGCUUGGACUUCUUGAGUGUGGCCGCGUCAAAGAACGCAUCCAGCGUCGAAAUGCCUUGCUGGAACGUUUCGUGCAGAAGUUGAAGAAGACGCACUACCGGGUGAUCACGCAGCCUGAAGGUCAAAGUUCCGCCUACAAAUGCGUGGUGGUUUUGGAAGGACACCUUCGUCAGCGCCGAGAGGAGCUAAGAACCUAUGCCUUGGAGAGAGGCGUCACUUUUACAGCAGAGGUCUAUUUCAGGCCAGUCCAUCGCAUGCCAGCCCAUGCUGAAGAUGGAUUGCCUGUGCAUUUGCCAGUGACAGAUGAGAUGUGCGAGAACCAUGUUUGUCCUCCUUUGUAUCCGGAGCUCACCUUCGACGAUGUGGAUUACACGUGUUCAGUGAUGAAUGACUUCGCAGAACUUCCUGAAGCGAAGCGCCAGAAGAUGUGACGCAGUAAGAGGGCAAAUGGAUUGUGCGUGAAACGUAGCAGCUGCCUACAGGAUGUUGCAUGGCCCUGCAUGGCGAC